CGCAGCUAGGAGUUGCAACCUCUUUUUAGACUAACCAUGGUCCUUAUCGCAGAGCUUCGGCUCAAGGUCGAGGCCGCCUGUGCGCUCCGUGACAGUCUCGACCACUACACCACCGGCGCCGGCUACCCGGUCUUCCUCAAGCGGGUAAUGCCCACGUUCGUGAACAUCCUGCGCCAACCAUGCGUCCUCCAGACAACCACCGCCGAGCAGAUCAAUGCGCAGAAGCUGCGGAACUGCGUGCUCGAGAUCUUCCACCGGUUACCUACCUCGCAGGUCUCCCCCGAACCAUUCGAGCCGUACGCCGAGGAGGUUGUCGACCUCUUGAUGCAUCUCGUCCGCAACGACAACGAGGACAAUGCAGUCCUCUGCAUCAAGGUCAUUUCGGACAUCAUGCGGCACCAGCACAAGAUCAUGGGGAACAAAGUCCAACCCUUCCUGUCCCUGAUACAGGAGUUGUUUGAGCAGCUGGAGAGGAUUGUUCGCGAGCAGUUGGACAGCACCUCGGUACCCGGCCCACUGGGGGCACCGUCCACGCCGAGCAGCACACAAACCACCUUUAUGCCGCACCAGCAAUCCCCGAAGCCUGGCUCUCCAGUUGCCACCGGAGCUCCGGACUUCAACGUCAACGUCGAGGGCGGCCAGCAGACGAACCGCACCCUGUUGAAGGGGAUGCAAUCCUUCAAGGUCUUAGCCGAAUGCCCCAUCAUCGUCGUCUCCAUAUUCCAGGUCUAUCGGUCGACUGUCGCGCAGAAUGUCAAGGCAUUCGUGCCGUUGAUCAAGUCCGCUCUGCUUUGCCAAGCAAAAGCCCAGGACCAGGCACACAAGGACGCCGCUGCUCGGCACACCAUCCACAUCGGCGUCUCCCCUAACAUCAAAAAUCGGGCUGCUUUUGGGGACUUCAUCACCGCCCAGGUCAAAACCAUGAGUUUCCUAGCAUACCUGCUUAGGCAGUACUCAGGCCAAUUGACCGACUUCCUGCCUUCGCUUCCCGAAAUCACCGUCCGUCUCCUCCGGGACUGCCCUCGGGAGAAGUCGGGAGCGCGAAAGGAACUACUGGUGGCGAUUCGGCACAUCAUCAAUUUCAACUUCAGGAAGAUCUUUCUGCCCAAGAUCGACGACCUGUUGGACGAGCGGACUCUGAUUGGAGAUGGCCUGACGGUCCACGAGACCAUGCGGCCCCUUGCGUAUAGCAUGCUGGCUGACCUGAUCCACCACGUCCGGGAGAGUCUCUCACCUGAGCAAAUCCGCAAGACCGUUGAGGUCUACACCCGGAAUCUCCAGGACAACUUCCCGGGUACCAGUUUCCAGACCAUGAGUGCUAAGCUCCUUCUGAACAUGGCCGAGUUCAUCGCUCGGAUGCCCAACAAGGUCGAUGCUCGGCAUUAUCUCAUCAUGAUCCUCCACGCCAUUGCCGACAAGUUUGCCGCCAUGAACAGGCAAUAUCCGAAUGCGGUCAAGCUCUCGAAGCUCUACGCUCAACAGGCGGCCGACAAAUCCCCGGAGACAUAUCUCCCAGACAAGGAGCAUCCGCCGGAAUGGGACGAAGUCGACAUCUUCAAUGCUAUGCCCAUCAAAGCAUCCAACCCGCGGGACCGCGUGGCCGACCCCGUCGUCGACAAUAAGUUCCUCUUCCGGAACCUCAUGAACGGUCUGAAGAACACGUUCUACCAACUGAAGAGCUGCAAUCAGCCCGGGGCAGUCGACCUGACCGGCGCCCCUGCCCAUUGGACGGACGUUGCCUACGGCUUCACGGCCGAGGAGGUCAAGGUCAUCAUCAAGCUGUUCCGCGAGGGCGCCUACGUGUUCCGAUAUUACGAGAUGGAGAAGCCGGCAUCCGAGUCGCCGUACAGCUCGCCGGUCGAGUACAUGGCCAACUUCUACAUGGUCUCGAGUAGCAAGGAGGAGAAGGAGCUCCUAGAGACGUUCGCGACCGUCUUCCACUGCAUUGAUCCAGCCACCUUCCACGAGGUCUUCCUGCAGGAAAUUCCGCGGCUUUACGAGAUGAUCCACGAGCACACCGCCCUCCUUCACAUACCCCAGUUCUUCCUCGCCAGCGAGGCCACGUCGCCUAGCUUCUGCGGAAUGCUGCUGCGCUUCCUGAUGGAGCACAUCGAGGAUGUGGGGUCUGCCGACAUUAAGCGGUCGUCCAUCCUUCUCCGGCUCUUCAAACUGGCCUUCAUGGCCGUCACCCUUUUCGCGUCCCAGAACGAGCAGGUGCUUUUGCCGCACGUCGUCGACAUCGUGACCAAGUCUAUCGAGCUGUCAGCCAAGGCAGAGGAACCGCUGAACUACUUUUUGCUGCUGAGAUCUCUCUUUAGAAGCAUUGGCGGCGGCAAGUUCGAGCAUCUCUACAAGCAGAUUCUGCCGCUCCUGGAGAUGCUUCUCGACGUCCUCAACAACCUCCUCCUGGCGGCUCGCAAGCCGGCCGAACGGGACCUCUACGUGGAACUCUGUCUCACCGUGCCAGCACGCCUGAGCAAUCUUUUGCCGCAUCUCAGCUUUCUCAUGCGCCCCCUGGUCGUCGCCCUGCGCGCGAACACCGACCUGGUUGGACAAGGGCUGCGGACACUGGAACUGUGCGUCGACAACCUUACGGCCGAUUACUUGGAUCCCAUAAUGGCCCCCGUGAUCGACGAGCUCAUGACGGCGCUCUUUGACCAUCUGAAGCCCCAUCCGUACAACCACUUCCACGCCCACACGACUUUGAGGAUCCUUGGCAAGUUGGGCGGCCGGAACCGGAAGUUCAUGACGGAUGCCCUGCCGGUCACAUUCGAGCAGUACGCGGAUGAUCGAUCAAGCUUCGAUGUCCGUCUCAUCGGGUCGAAGCGGGACAGGGCCUUCCCGGCACAUCUCGGAAUUGACCUCGCCAUCCAAAAGCUGAUGGAAGUACCGAAGCCCUCCAAGGGCCCGACGCCGCCGCCGUCGAAACAAUACGAUGCUUACUACAAGAGGCAAGCAUUGAACCUGAUCAUGUCGCAGGUCAAGCUGCGCGUUGGUUUCGACACCUUGCCGGAUGACCUCCCCCGCCUCGUCCGCCUCCAGGUCCAGGAUCUCAUUGCCGGUAACACGGACGCCGACAUCGCCCCCUUCGAGGCGUCUGACCGUGAGCGGUCCAUUGCCAAGAAGAAUGACGAGGAACGCUUGUUGAAGCGGCUGAUCAAAGCCCUUUUGUUCGCUCAGUCAAUACCCGACUUCAAGGCCGAGGUGGACGCGCUGCUGUUGAAUUUGGCUCGGCACUUCACCAUCAUCGAAGUUGGACGGGCGCUAGUCGACAUGAAGAAGCUCAAGGCCCCUUUUGACACGAAAGCCGGCGAAGGCCCUCUCUUCGUUGACAACCGGGUCCUGUCUGAAGCCAUCUUGGAGUCUAUGGCUUCCGAGAACCCGGAUGUGCGAGACGCUGCCGAGCGGCUGAUCAAAGAGAUGUACGACUCGGCGGUCACAAUCUUCGGCUCUCCUACCCACGUCGCCCGCCUAAGCUUAUUUGACAGCCUGGCCUCCACCUUCUGCCAUGGCUGUUAUGAAGAGGAGUGGUUUACAAAAGCCGGAGGCACAUUGGGAAUUAAGGCGCUGCUUCAGAAUUUCGAGCUGGGAGACUCGUGGUUAGCAGGCCAGCACAUCGAGUUUGUCCGCGCAUUGAUGUAUGUCAUCAAGGACAUGCCUCAGGAUCUCCCCGAAAAGACGAGGAGGUCGGCGCAGGUUACUCUCGAACUACUCCUCACGAGACUCGCAAAAAACACCCAGAAGUCAGAUUGGCUGCCCCCUCCGGCACCAGGGCCGGCGCAGGCCCCUGGGCCGGCGCCGCCACCGACCGAGAAAGAGUUUCGGCGCCCUCAGAUUGUCGUGAUGCUCAAUGGAGAGCUGUCGCACAUGAACCGGCACGUCCGAAAUACGGCAAAGAGAUCCCUUGAGCUGAUUGCCAAGAGCGCUGGGGCCGAGGUGUGGGAGCUUCUCGAGCCUCACCGUAAGCAUGUCCUUCAGCCAAUCUACGCCAAGCCGCUGCGGGCUUUGCCUUUUGCCAUUCAGAUUGGGUUUAUCGACGCGGUCACGUACUAUAUGUCACUGAAGCGCGAUUUCGUCGCUUUCGACGAGAACUUGAACCGGCUUCUUAUGGAGUCGCUGGCCCUGGCCGAUGCGAGCGACGAGUCUCUAGCAGGGAAGACGCUGGAAUUCCGUACACAUGAUUUCAUCGUCAACCUUCGCGUGUCGUGCAUCAGAAUCCUCAGCUGCGCCAUGGGUUUUGAUGAGUUUGGGAGCGGUCCCAACAACCCGACGAGGAUCAAAGUUGUCUCCGUCUUCUUCAAGUGCCUCUACUCAGACUCUCGGCCGACGAUCGAGGCCGCUAAUGACGCCUUGAAGGCGGUCCUGCAGCAUACCAGCAAGUUGCCUAAGGAUCUGUUGCAGUCCGGGCUCCGGCCUGUCCUCGGUAGCCUGCAGGACCCCAAGCGCUUGACCGUUCAGAGCUUGGAGAACCUCGGUCGCCUACUCCGGCUCCUUACCACCUACUUCAAGGUGGAGAUCGGCACGCGCCUCCUCGAUCAUGUCAAGUCGAUCGCCGAACCCAACUUCCUUCAGCAGGUCUCGUUCACCUUCUUCGAGCAGCACAACUCGCUGAAGGUGAUCGCCGCCGUCUUCAACAUCUUCCACCUUCUGCCCGAAGCGGCCAAGCAGUUUAAGGAGCGCGUCAUUGACAACGUCUUGGACCUCGAGAGGCAGUUGCGGAGGACGCAUCACAGUCCGUUUCGCCUGCCCUUGUACAAAUACCUCAACAAAUUCCCAUCUGACGUGUGGGCUUUUAUCUUGGGCAAGCUCGAAGAGCUGAGAUACGGCCGGUUUAUGGCUCAGGUGUUGCGGCACCAAGACAGCCAAGUGCUUCGAGAUUACGGCGCGGCGAACGUCGAGGUCAUCAUCAAGACGUGCAAUAACCUCGUCAGCCGAGGAGAGGAGGCCAAGUACAUCGCCGUCAUCAACACCAUCAACAUGCUGGACGCUCUCUGCCAGUUCCCUAACACGUUGUCCUGGUUGGACAACAAGGAGCACAUUGACUGGUUGAAGCAGGUUGGCAAGGAGCUCGAGCGCAACUUGAGGAUGAACACUCUGGCGCCAAGCCUGCGGCUCCCGGCUUAUCAGGCCUCGGAACAGCUGAUGAACAUUCUGGUCGAGGCACUCGCCCGAAACCCCCAGGAUCUGGAGCCGCUCUUUGGCCUUGUCGAGUCCGUCACAGCUGAUGAAUUCCGUGAGACGCCGGUGUUGCUCUCGCACAUUUACAAACAUAUCAUUUGCAGCGACUCGAUCGAGUUCUGGAGAACCGUUGUCCUCCGCUGCCUCGAGAUUUACGCCGGCAAAAGCGCAUCGCAGCGGACCAAAUGGUAUCUGCUCCACAACAUCGUCAACCCGAUCGUCGCAAUGGACGUUAUGCGGCACUGGAAUCGUGGCGAGCAGAACAAGGGUCAGCGCUUCCUCGACAAGACGGUCAUCGACUCGAUCAACACGAAAAUCUGGAAGGUCAACCUGCCCGAUCCGCAAGAGGACCUUUUGCAGCCGCGCAUUGACCACACCCGCAUGGAGGUUCUUCAACUGUCGGCCAUGCUUGUCAAGUACCACCACGCGAUUCUGCAAGAUGCUCGCAAGGACUUCAUCAAAUUCGGCUGGACGUAUAUCCGGCUGGACGACGUCAUCAACAAGCACGCGGCGUAUGUCGUGAUCGGCUACUUCAUCGCCCACUACGAGACCCCGGCCAAGAUUGUCACGCAGAUAUAUUUCUCCCUCCUCAAGACCAACCAGAACGAAGGCAGAUCCCUCGUCACUCAAGCGCUGGAACUCAUGGCCCCAGUCAUGCCCAAGAGGUGUAAUGCACCACUUACCGACCGCAAUCCGAUCUGGGCUGUCGCCCCGCGUCGUAUCCUCGCCGAAGAGAGCCAGAACGUGCAGCAGAUGACGUGCAUCUUCCACUUCCUCGUUCGGCACCCGGACCUGUUCUACCACACUCGGGACAAGUUCGCCAUGCUGAUUAUCCAGUGCCUUCGAAAAGUGGCGUCGCCGCCUAAUCCGUCCAACGAGAGUCGGAAGCUCGCGCUCAACAUGAUGUGGUUGAUCUGGCAAUGGGAGCAGCGGCGCGUGGAGGGAAAAGUGAGCGAGCCUCUCCGUGCCCCCUCCGAAUCCCCCAACACCAAGAAGCGGAAGCUGGAAGAGACCCCCCAAGGCUCGUCCCCUGCGGCGGUGCGGCAGCCGGAGAAACCAGAGUUCCAGAUUCCUCCGAUGGGCCGUCAUAAGAUGAUCAAAUACCUGGUUGAGUUCAUCGCGCAACUGAACGAACGUUACCCGCUUCCGUCCGCCAAGCCUCGCGAUCCUGCGACGCCGAUGCUGCCCAUGACUUCACCGGAGCUCUGCAAGAAGGCGUUGACUUUGCUCUACAACCUGUUGCAGCCGCAAUACUGGGGGGACCUGGACGUGGAUCUGUUCCCCAAUGUCACCGACGUGGUCCUGGCCAGCGAAAAGUCGGCGGCUCUCCUCACGGCCGAUCCUUCUGACACGGACAAAUACGACGACAAGUUCAUCACCAACAUCAUCAACACCUUGCAGGUGGUCCGCAUCAUCCUCAACUUCAAGUCCGACGAGUGGAUUCUCAAGAACAUGGGUCAGAUUCAAAAGAUUCUUGAGAAGUGCUUGAGAUCGGAGAACCCGGAGAUUCAGGACUGCCUGCACAUGGCUGACAGGAAGUAUGACGGUGAUCGAGACAUCAAACCCAUCGUCAAACGCAUCCUAGAUGCGGUUCCGGAGGACCUCCCAAUGGAGGAUGCGGACGCUGACGGGGAAGCGGAAGCUCAAACUUCGGAGAUCAUUAUGUUCCUGUCGAGCAUUGCUACAGAGAGCAUGGCUGCCUCGAACUAUGUGUCCGGCAUCAACAUCUUGUGGUCGCUUGGACGCCGCAAGCCGUCCACGAUUGACCAGCACAUUCCCGCCAUCAUGAAGUCGCUGCAGUCGAAACUCGCCCGGGACCAUGUCUCCCAUUAUGCGGCUUUGGCUCAUCAAGCCAGCGGUGUCCGACCGCAGCAAGACCCGAAUGCGCCGACGGAGAUGAACGCCUAUGAUCUGGAAAUUCAGACAGGCUUGAUCCUCAAGGCGAUUGAGGUCACCGUGAUGCGCAUGGAGAUUCUUGGGGACAAUCGGCGGCCCUUCCUCAGCGUCUUGGCGACCAUCGUCGAGAAGUCCCUGCAUUUGACGCUCGGCGAGAAGAUUCUCGAGAUCGUAGAAGGCUGGGUCUUCCGCUCCGAAGGAACCUGGCCGACGCUGAAGGAAAAGACAGCCGUGCUGCAUAAGAUGAUUUCCUUUGAGCACCGGCAGGAUCCUGCCAUGCUCAUGAAAUUCCUCGACCUCGUUCUCCGCAUCUACGAGGAUCCCAAGAUCAUGCGGACGGAAUUGACAGUCCGCAUGGAGCACGCCUUCCUCAUCGGCACGAGAGCCCAAGACGUGGAGAUGCGCAACAAGUUCAUGGCCAUCUUCGACAGGAGCCUGCCCAAGACAGCCAGCGCGCGGCUUGCCUACGUCCUCCUGUCGCAGAACUGGGACACUCUGGCGGACUCAUACUGGCUGGCUCAAGCAUCCCAGCUGCUCCUGGGCGGGGUGGACAUGCACCCUAUCAUCCAGCUUCACCCUGAAGAUUUCCGGGUUCCGCAAAUUUCCCAGCUCUUUGGCAUCUACUCCAAGGACACCCGCGAGCCUGCCAAUAUGAGCGACGACAAGUACGAAUCUUUCAUGGCGAACCAUCGGCGCUUUGUUGCCGAGCUUGGCGACAUCAGAGUGCGUGACAUUCUUGAGCCGUUGACUCAGCUGCAACACAUCGACCCCAGUUUUGCGCAUGAGCUGUGGGUUGCCCUCUUCCCAAUGUUCUGGUCGGCGACGGCCAAGGAGGACCGGCCUGAACUCGAACGCGGAAUGGUGACGCUGCUCACGAAGGAUUAUCACUCUCGCCAGAUGGAUAAACGGCCCAACGUGGUUCAGUCAUUGGUCACCGGGGCUGUGAAGACGUGGCCUCACUGCAAAAUCCCGCCGCACGUUCUCAAAUUCGAAGCCAAGAUAUACGAUGUGUGGUACCCGGCCCUUUGUCAGUUGGAGAACGCGGCGCUCAAGCCUGAGAUCGACUCUGCGGCGGUGCGGGAAAGCAACCUUGACGCCUUGGUUGACCUUUAUGCUUCGCUUGGGGAAGAUGACUUGUUCUACGGAACAUGGCGUCGCCGGUGCCAGUUCGUCGAGACAAACGCGGCCUUGUCGUAUGAACAACACGGGAUGUGGGAGAAGGCUCAGCGAAUGUACGAGACGGCCCAAAUCAAGGCUAGAACCGGUGUGAUCCCCUUCUCGGAGUCGGAAUACAUGCUCUGGGAGGAUCACUGGGUGCUCUGCGCGCAAAAGCUUCAGCAGUGGGAGAUCCUGCAGGAUUUCGCCAAGCACGAGAACUUCCAGGACCUUCUCUUGGAGUGCGCAUGGCGGAAUCCCGAGUAUUGGCAGAACCAGGACAACCGCGAGCAGCUGGAUACGCUCAUCAAGGGCGUCAUGGAUGCGCCGACCCCGAGGCGAUGCUUCUUCCAAGCCUUCAUGUCUCUACUGAAGCUGCACAACAAGCAGGAGACCAUGCAAGACUUCAAUCGGGUGGUCGACGAGGCCAUCCAGUUGUCAAUCAGGAAGUGGCACCAGCUGCCGAAGCGGCUCACAUCUGCUCACGUCCCGUUGCUUCAGAACUUCCAGCAGCUUGUGGAGCUCCACGAUGCUAGCGUCAUCUGCCAGAGUCUGGCCAGUACGAAUGCGAGCAAUCUCGACGUCAAAUCCGGUGAGCUUAAGUUGCUUCUCGGUUCUUGGCGAGACAGGCUCCCGAACAUGUGGGACGACAUCGUUUCAUGGCAGGAUCUGGUGACCUGGAGGCAACACAUCUUUGGCCUCAUCAACGGGACGUACCUGCAGCUUUUGCCUCAGCAGCCUCAGAAUACCGGUGGCGCGUCGUUUGCUUACCGGGGAUACCACGAGACGGCAUGGAUCAUCAACCGGUUUGCCCACGUGGCGAGGAAGCACGCCCUGCCGGAUGUCUGCAUCAGCCAGCUGAGCCGCAUCUACACCCUGCCUAAUAUCGAGAUUCAGGAGGCGUUCCUGAAGCUGAGAGAGCAAGCCAGGUGCCACUACCAGAACCCGGAGGAAUUGUCGAGCGGGUUGGACGUGAUCAACAACACGAAUCUCAACUACUUCAGCGCGCCGCAGAAAGCCGAGUUCUACACGUUGAAGGGCAUGUUCCUGGAGAAGCUCGGUCAAAAGGACGAGGCCGAUAGCGCGUACGGCACGGCUCUUUACUUCGACAUCACGGCGGCGAAGGCGUGGGCGGAGUGGGGCUACUUCAACGACAGGAAGUUCAAGGAAAACCCGGCGGACCUUGGGGCGGCUAAGCAGGCGCUCACCAGUUACCUGCAGGCCGCGUCGAGCUACAAGAACCACAAGUCGCGAAAGCUGAUUGCACGGAUCCUGUGGUUGCUGAGCCUCGACGACGCGAACGGCACGAUCGCGGCAGGGUUCGACGAUUUCAAGGGCGAGAUCGCCGUCUGGUGGUGGAUUACGUACAUCCCGCAACUUCUGGUCGGGCUCGGCUACAAAGAGGGACCCAGGGUCCAGAACAUCCUCCUCAAGAUAGCCAAGACUCAAGAGAAGGAGCGGGGAAGGCGCGCUCAGGCCGCUGCGGCUAACAAGCCGAACGGUUCUCCACACCUGCCUAAGAAAGAGUCCGCGGCUGGCGGCGCGGAUUCCCGUCCGGCAACAGCCAACGGGGAAGCGAGCGGGCAAGCCAAGCCGGAGCCGAAGGCCGAAGGCGAGAAUGCAGGCGCCCCGGUCACCAACGCGGCGGCGCAGGGCGAGCAGAGUCGGGGGGCCACUGCUCAAAAGAAGCCGCCGUGGGAGCUUACCGAGGAGAUUAUGAGCGUCCUCAAGACGGCGUUUCCGCUGCUGGCGCUGUCGAUGGAGACCAUGGUGGAUCAGAUCCAGAAGCAUUUCAAAUGUCCACCCGACGAGGACGCCUACCGGUUGAUCGUCGCCCUUCUCAACGACGGCCUUGCCUACGUGAGCCGGAUGCCGACGUCGUACGCCAAGGAUGUCAAGCUGCCUGCUGCAACGGAGAAUAACAUCACUCGUUUCGCCGAGACGAUCCUGCCAAGCCACAUCCGGGGCACGUUCGAGGCCGACUUUGUCGAAGUCAAGCCGACGAUGUACGAGUACAUCCACAACCUUCGCAAGUGGCGCGACAAGUUUGAGGAGAAGCUCGACCGGCGGCCGUCGCCGGUGCCGCUUGAGAGCUUUGCGCACUUUUCGCCGCACCUCAGCGAGUUCCGGUACCAGAAAUUCGACGACGUCGAAAUCCCUGGGCAGUACCUGCAGCACAAAGACAAAAACCAGGACUUCGUGCGCAUCGACAGGUUCCUGCCCAACGUCGACCUCGUGCGCACGAUUGGCGCGUCGCACCGGCGCCUCAGGAUUCGCGGGCAUGACGGCAGCGUGCAUGCGUUCGCCGUGCAGCAUCCGGCAGCGCGACACUGCCGACGUGAGGAACGGAUCUUGCAGCUGUUCCGCCAGCUCAACCAGACGCUGGCUCAUAAGAAGGAGAGUCGCCGGCGCGAUCUGCAGUUCACGCUGCCGCUCAUGGUGCCUCUGGCGCCUCACAUCAGGAUUGUGCAGGACGACCCGUCUUACAUCACGCUGCAGGGGGUCUACGAAGAUCACUGCCGGCGGCACGGCGUGUCCAAGGACGAACCGGUACUCUACACGAUGGAGAAGCUGCGGGGGCUGGCGGAUGUGAAGGUCGCGAAACCGGCGGAGCACGCCGUCACAACGCGGCUGGAGGUGCUGCGGGCGAUCCAGGAGAAGUUUGUGGACAACACGGUGGUCCUCGAGUAUUUCCAGCUCGUGUUUCCGGACUUUUCCGAGUUCUGGCUCUUCCGGCGGCGCUUCUCGUACCAGCUGGCGGCGCUGACGUUCAUGACGUACAUCCUGCACAUCGACAAGCGGUACCCGCACAAGAUGAACAUCGCGCGCCGGUCUGGCAACAUCUGGGGCUCGGAGCUGAUCUCGUUCAUGGCGGCGAACCGGCCGUACUUCCACAACCAGGAACCAGUCCCGUUCCGGCUGACGCCCAACCUGCAGACGCUCAUGGGCCCGCUGGCGACCGAGGGCAUCUUUGCUUGCUCGGUCAUGGCCAUCGCGCGCUGCCUGGCGGAGCCGGAGCAGCAGCUCGAGCACGCGCUCACGCUGUUCGUGCGCGACGAGAUGAUGUACUGGUUCACGAGCUCGUCGCGCGCCAUGACCCUGACAGAGAACCAACUGCGCGAGACGGUGCAGGCCAACAGCGAUAUGAUCGUCAAGAAGGCUGUGUCGCUCGCCCAGGCGCCCGCGGGCAACCUGCCGGCGCACCAGACGGUCAUUGACCUCGUGGCCAAGGCGGUCAAUCCGAUGAACCUGGCGCUGUGCGAUGCGUUAUGGAUGCCUUAUCUCUAAGCCGGAGAGCGGGCAAGGGUGUGGAGGUGGGGGUGAAGGCGCAAUGGCAAUGGGCUUGGUAUGGCUCUGGUUUCGUUCGGUCAUGGGGAUUUUUUUCUCGGUUUGGCUUGUUUGGCAUUUACUUUAUUUUCCCCUCUCUUACUGGGGUUGUCGGCCGUGUACGGAGUACAAUUGUGUAUG